AUGUAUAUUAAAGAUCACCCAGAAAUCAUCAUCAUUGAUCCAAUGGAAUCAAUCCACAAGUUAUUUGACAGAACAAAAAGUUAUCAGAUCAUGAAAGAGUGUGAAAUCCUGGAGGAAGGAGUUAAAGUCUUUGUUCCUAACUUUGUGCAAUUUGAUGAGCUUGACUUUAAACAGAAUUUGAUGAGAAUUGAAAAUGCUGGUGUUAUGUUUCCAAUGAUUUGUAAAACUGUCAUUGGUCAUGGAUCAGAAUUGUGUCAUGAGUUUUUGAGCUUUCAACAAAUGACAACAAUGUUUGUUUUUCUUUCAUCAGCAAAAGAGAUGAAAACAAUAUUCUUUUCAUCACAUGAUGUUUCCAAACCUGACUCAGGAUCUUAUCUUAGUGAGCUUGACAAUGAUGAUAGUGAUAGCACAAACAGUAUAGGGCUGGAUGAAAACUUAGUUUUAAAACUUGUCAGGAAACUUCAACCAAAAUUGAAUUUAACAAUGUUUGGCAUUGACAUUGUUGUGGAGAAAGGCACAGGGCACCAUGUUGUUAUUGAUAUCAAUUACUUUCCAGGAUAUGAAGGAGCACCAUCAUUUCCUGUUGACUUUGCAAAGUAUGUACAUGACUUACUUGACAAAGCACAUACCACGGAAAGGACAGCUACCUCACCAAUAGUGUUGAGUUGACAAAGGAGUUUCUAUUCUCUUUAGAAACCAUUACUAGGGUGUAAAUUUUACCACAAAUUAAACAAACUGAGCUCAGAGUGAGAAGAAAUAUGCUGAAGUGGACUCAACUCAGUCUCCAUAACAUGGGGCAUGUAGGAGUCUUGCCACUCUUACUGAAUGGAGUUCCAGAUCAUUGCAAGCAUUCCAGGCAGUUCCUGAAGUCUUCCCAACAGUUUGCCAUAACUAUUGUGGUUGGAGAGGGGUACUGUGACAGCAAAGUGUCGUGUCUAAGAUCUCAAACAUAAGGAUGGCACUAGGACUUAGGACUCCAUACUAUUGAUUCAAAGUCUUCUGCACUAACUAUUAGGCUGUGGUGCUCCCUAUUUAUGAGAAUUUUUUAUAACUUUCUUGGAUUCUUCAUGAGCUUGUAGAGAGAGAUUUCUGCUUACUUAUUAAUUAAGUGUAUUAAUUAUUUCUUUAAUUUUUUGAUGGUAAAACAUACAAACAUAUCACCUUGUCAGCAGAGUCAUAUGGAUCACAAAACAUCUCUGUUAGCAGGUAACAUGUGAAAAGACCACGUUAUUGAAGAUCAAAGAUCAAGAGGCUGGAGCAUGUGACCUGAAAUAUACUUUGUUGGAGCACAGUUUCGCAAAGGGUUGAAAUUGCUCAGUGACUCAUUUGAAUAAAGCUCAGGAACACAAGUUAGAGAGAGUUUAGAAUUCACAUGAAGAGGUUUACAUGGUUCAGUUUCUGUGACUUACUAGUAACUUUAAAAAGUAAGAUGUACAUGGAGACUGUCUUUAUUCUUCAAUGGACAUCAGUUUAUCCUUGGUAAUUGCCUUUUCUGUUACCACAUUAGAUGAAGCUGGAAAUAGACAAUAUGGCUUCUGUUUGUUUGUUUAAGUUCAAUAGAGACCACUAAAAAAAAUUAAAAAAUGAUUCUUGUUGACAUACUAUUAAAACUCACUUUUAUAAGAAAGUUUGUGCACUCAGCCUAAAUUUGAAAGUGAGUUUGGAACUUGGAACCCAUUGAGAUGGAAAUUCACUGUAAAUAGAGACUUUGUUACAAGGUAUUAAGUAAUACUGUCUUUUUCCUUGUUAACCUUUCCUAACUUAAACAUGAACAGUCUAGACUUGAUUGAGUGUUUUAUUUUUCUUUGAGGGCUGUGCUGUCUUGAACUUAAUUUUUUUACAAAAGUUGGAUAGUGGGGAUGUGCAUUAUUGUUCCAACCACAGCAUCAUAUCCACACAAUCAUGAGAUUAUUAUUACUCCUGUAAAAUCAGUAAAAGAGUUCUAUUGUUAAAUAAAUACACAUAACUGACAAUGUUCAGUCAUACUUGUCACAACUUCUUAUAGACCUCAAAAUAAAGUUGUUCAAGCAAA